UACUAAAUGCUAUGUUUACUUUUUGAAAAAGUAAAGUAAAUGUACCACCACUAUUGAGGACCUAUGAGUACCUUCAUAAGAUAACCCUUGAGAACCUCUGGGUAAUUCCAUAGGUUGGCUCCUAUAAAUUUAUGACUAUGAAUUAUGAGUGGCAGUAAUUAGGCUGAAUAUUAAUUAAGGUGAGUACCAAUUAAUGGAAGUACUAAUUAGGGUGAGUACUAAGUAAUUAGCGUGAGUAAUAAUUAAUAUGAAUACAGUUUUAGAAAUUGUUAUUGAUUUUAACAGUCGUAUGUUGUCUUUGUAUGCAUUUCGGAACACAUGCAUGCGUAAGUAAACUCCAAAUUUGGAGUUUACAUCUCCAGUUUAUUUUUUUUGACCAGUUUCGAGAAUAUAUUUUAGAAAGAUAACGAAUGGUCAAUAAGUAUUUAUUGGCAAAAACUAAAGCUACUUAGGCUUGGUGGUAUUUUGAUUUCUGUCAGUGAAGUGUAAAAUCAUUUUUGUCCCAAUAUAUUAUAUUUGCAUUUGAGUUAUUAUCAUAAAUAAUUUUAUUCGAUUCGAUAAUAACAAUGGAACCUAAAUGAAACUAUUUCUCCUUUUUUAUUUCUUCUAUAUCCAUCUUUUAAAUUAACUCAGGCAACUGGCUCAUUGUCCAAUGGCGUGGAUCUUCUGGACAUCCAUCAACAAGCAUCGAACAUAAAUAAAAAGAAUCAGUAAAUCAUUGUUUUUCAUUUUUUGUUAAAAAGUUUCAAAAAUCGUUCACUUAGGUAUUUUAAUCGCAUUCGUUGUCAAUAUUCGCCUGUCUGUUUAUUUCUAUCUCUACUGGCUAUUCUUCUUCUAGGCGCGGGCAUUGCUGCAAUGCUUGUCGCCUUAAUCGGUAUUCCUAAAACAACUAUAACAACUACAGCUACAACAACAACGACGAUGACAGCAACAACAACAACAGUAAUGAGCCAAAUAAUAAAAUACUGCUUUUCACAGCGACUUAAUGGAAACAUUUUCAAUAACUGAAAAUAAUGAAAAAUCGCAUGUACAUCGAAUGCUGAAAUAAGUUAAAGUUACACUUGAACUAUCUCGAAAAAUGCAGGAGCGUUAUUUCAAGAAACAAAGCUGAUGUAUUCUUGCGCAGCGAAGAGUAACUGAAAUGACUCGGUUUCUUGAUCUUUUUUUUCUCAUUCUCGAAUAAUUUUACCUUUGGGUGACUCCAUGGGAAACGUACCACUUUAUAUAUGACUCUCUUAGAAUUGACUGAAACUUUAAAAUUUGUAGAGCUCGAUGAGCUGAUCAUUUUGGUAAUAAUGUUUGAGUGUAGACUCUGGUUGAAAUUAGCAAAAUACGAUUUUCGAAAUUUCGGGAAAAUCAUAGUCACAUUGAAAAGUUCUGGUUUUUCCGCGAAGAUUUUCUUUUUGAUUUUAGAGCCAAAAGAAAUCAUCCUAUAUGUAUUCUGAUAGCCCGCGUCCAGCUCUAUCGAAUCGCAUAUGAGCCAUAUUGUUCAGCUUCGAAAAGUGAAACUUCUAAUGGAAGCCCAAUAAUUUCACUGCUACGCAAAUUUUCCCUUAGAAAAAAAAAUCCAUUCCGAAUUUGGGUCAAGAGUGAUCUACUAGGUUUUGUAGAGGGUCGCUCGCUCUAUCUUCUGGUGUAUAUGGCUGCUCAGUCGGUUUCCAUUUUUACUCCUUAGAGAGUCAAGACAUUCAUUUAUUAGCUUUUUUCACAGUUCUGAGCUCAUAUUUCUGGAUUUUUUUAAUGAAAUACUNUUGAGUGUUCUUUACUUGUAUUGAAUUAAUUUCAAUCAGACAAAAAAUGGCGUAGACAAAAACCAAAAUUAUUGUACCAAUCACUAUUUAACAUCAACUAAAUUCAUAAAAAUUUUAUACAAUUUUGUCGUGAAAACACGAAUUACCUUUGUCAGAACUGUUUCGGAAAAUAUUUUUCAAUGCGGUAUUACGAUAGAUUUUCCAUAUUCUAUUUAGUCUUCCUAUGAUAUUAUGCAGCCCAAGAAUUUUUGUUUACUAAUGAAACUAUUCUUCAAUGUGAUUUGCUUCUUAGCUUAGCCCUGAGGGAGGCUAGUGAUAUCUUUCUCGACGAAAAGUUUUGAAAUCCACAUAAAGCUAUCAGGUGUUGAUGACUGAUUUGUGAUUUAUUCAUUUUGCUAGAUCUGUACUUUCUCUGAUCAAAACCUACGAAACACUGAUCAAAAUACUUCAAAUUGCCCUCCUGAGAUAAUUUUCAAACUUCAUGAACUAUUGAUCUCCUCUUUUCCAUCUUUGUCAUUAUUCAACCCCGAGUUGUUUAUAAACACUCCUUAAUUCAAUUGAAACUGAGCUGUACUUUUCUACUGCAGUUUUUACUUGUUUUUUAUCUGAUUUUUCUUACGGUUGCAAUACUUUAAGUAAAAUUUUUGUUUGCCAAAUUCUUUUAAAGAUAUUUUAUAACAUAAACUUAAUACUUUAUCUAUAUAAUAUUGUUCAGCUAUGCCAUUUAUGAAUUGAUUUUCCAAAGUUCUUCAGGUAAGAAUAAACUCCCAAAAGUUAACAUUCUUCCUGCUUCUAUUUCAAUGAGCUACUACGUACGUAAAAAUGAAAAUUCCUCAGCAUAGCCGACACCUAAAGAUUCUGCUAGAUUAGAUGCCAGUUGUAGAGAUCUUGAAGUAGUUUCAUCUAAACUGAAACUAUAGAGUUAUUUGACUUUCAAUAACGCUUAACACAUCAUUGUAUUUUCUUAUUAUUAUGAUAUUCUCGUAAAAAAACAGCAAAUAGGUCGUCAUAGAUAGGCCAGAGCCACACAAAGACGUUUGUUUGAACCUCUCACUUAUAAACAGUUGAAGUCAGCAGUGUCACACAUCCCAGAAUCUAUAGAUGCAUCCUCAGUCAUAUCUUCCAUAGAAAAUGUUGCAUUUCCUCCCAUACAUGUGUCAUCUUUUGAGCGGAAUGUGCAUCUCUCAUGAAGAUACUGCAUUCCCAGUCUUCCACGCCUCCAUCUUCAUGGGAUGAUAUAGGUUCCUUUCCAAAUUUCGGAAUAUGAGAAAUUAAUGCAACACCAGUUCGGUAUACAGUAUGGAUGACAUUGGUUAUGGAACUUGCUUCUUCAAGAUUAUACACACAUUUGACGCAGUUUUCUUAGUUGAUUAUGCGCAACUUAUUUGAAUUUAUUUAGUAAUAAAUCAUUUACUUUUACUAAAGUAACUACUAAAUGCUAUGUUUACUUUUUGAAAAAGUAAAGUAAAUGUACCACCACUAUUGAGGACCUAUGAGUACCUUCAUAAGAUAACCCUUGAGAACCUCUGGGUAAUUUCAUAGGUUGGCUCUGUUAGCGUCAGUAGAUGGUGCUUACUGACGCUAAACGUUUAUUUUAUGUUAUCUAUUUUUUGAAUCUCUGAUUUGAUUUGUUACGUAAUCUCUCAACUAUGAUUCAUCUCGUGAUUAUCUUUUUGUCUUUCGUUAUUGCGCAGUUGUUGAUGUUCUAUCGUAUCGAUCACUCGAUACUCAAUAUAUUCUAUAUAUGACACGACGACAAAGUCGAUUAUUAAAACAUGUUUAGCUCUCUAAUUUUGGCAGACUAAAUAUUAGUUCUACCAUUGCUACAUAAUCCCCAAAACGAGAGCUAAUAGGCUCCUAUAAAUUUAUGACUAUGAAUUAUGAGUUGCAGUAAUUAGGCUGAAUAUUUAUUAAGGUGAGUACCAAUAAGGGUAAGUACUAAGUAAUUAGCGUGAGUAAUAAUUAAUAUGAAUACAGUUUUAAAAAUUGUUAUUGAUUUUAACAGUCGUAUGUUGUCUUUGUAUGCAUUUCGGAACACAUGCAUGCGUAAGUGAACUCCAAAUUUGGACUUUACAUGUCCAGUUUAUUUUUUGUUGACAAGUUUCGAGAAUAUAUUUUAGAAAGAUAACGAAUGGUCAAUAAGUAUUUAUUGGCAGAAACUAAAGCUACUUAGGCUUGGUGGUAUUUUGAUUUCUGUCAGUGAAGUGUAAAAUCAUUUUUGUCCCAAUACAUUAUAUUUGCAUUUGAGUUAUUAUCAUAAAUAAUUUUAUUCAAUUCGAUAAUUACAAUGGAACCUAAAUGAAACUAUUUCUUCUUUUUUAUUUUGUCUAUAUUCAUCUUUUAAAUUAACUCAGGCAACUGGCACAUUGUCCAAUGGCGUGGAUGUUCUGGACAUCCAUCAACAAGGAUCGAACAUAAAUAAAAAGAAUCAGUAAAUCAUUGUUUUUCAUUUUCUGUUAAAAAGUUUCAAAAAUCAUUCACUUAGGUAUUUUAAACGCAUUCGUUGUCAAUAUUCGCCUGUCUGCUUAUUUCUAUCUCUACUGGCUAUUAUUCUUCUAGGCGCGGGCAUUGCUGCAAUACUUGUCGCCUUAAUCGGUAUUCCUAAAUCAACUAUAACAACUACAGCUACAACAACAAUGACGACGACAGCAACAACUGCAACUACAACAACGACGACGACAGCAACAACUGCAACUACAACAACGACGACGACAGCAACAACUGCAACUACAACAACGACGACAACAACAACGACGACAACAACAACGACAAUAACAACAACGACAACAACAACAUCAACAACAACUGCUUUUACUGGUAAGUAA